AUGGCUGCAAAGCCUCUCAUAACGCCGGAGAGCUUCAUCACAAUCACUAGACCGGCGGAUAUGGUUAGCGAUGAAACACGCUUCGCUGUAGCCUCUCACACGGCCAAGGCGAGGCGACAGAGAAGACGAAAAGUUGUCGAUUUUGAGCCUGGAAAGACCAUCCACAAGUUUCUGGCUUGGAAAGCAGCUGGCGAGCCACCUUCGCGCCGCAAGCUAUUACUAGACCGGCACGGUCGCGAGUCGACUUCUGCCGCCGUCAUACCAUCCAAACACCCACAGGAUCACCCACUCGAUAUCCUCAGCCAAGGGAGGAGAGAUCCUUUUGCAAGAUACGCCGUCUCUGAUAUUCCUGGCUUGGUAGAGGAAGUGGUUGAUCAUGCCGUUCGGCUCUUCUGGCCGGGCUUAACUCCAAGCAAACCGCCAAAUGUGACCAACCCGGUUAACGAGGAUUACCUCGCGGCAAUCCGGAGCUCCACGCUUGCAUUUUAUGCAUACAUGGUUGGAACUGCCGAAAACUACGAACUUUUGAGCGGCACCAACGUCAAAACGAAGGCGUUCUCAAAGUUGUGUCUGUCCUACCGCGUGGAGAUGAUCAAACUCGUCAACCAAGAAAUUGAAGAGAUGACGGGUCCGCCAUCUGACGAGUUACUGGGAGCCAUAAUAGUGCUCGCCGGCAAUUCCGCGGGCUUUAUCAGCCGCGCGAAGGGGACAUUUCUCAAAGUCGCGAAGCCGUCGCGAUUCAACUCUCCUCUCAGAACCGCACAGUUUCUCCACGUGUAUAGCGCAAAUCCGUUCCCCAGCGCGCAUUCGGAAGCGUUGGUUCGGCUGAUGAUCAUGAAAGGCGGAUGUUCCGAAAUCAAAUCGCCAGGGGUUGCCAGCGUGGUUUCCUUAUGCGAUCUAGUCAAUGCUUCUCAGACCAACUCUCAGCUCUACAUCAUUCCAAUGAGUCCACCCACCUUGGCCACGCUGCGAGACUUGGCUCAUUUGAUGAUAAAGGAGGGGAUAAACUGGAAUCUUCAAACCAGCGUUUGGGGUCAUCUACCAUUCAGCCAGCCCGAUAGGUACGAAUUUCUUCAAGCCGUCCAAGCAAUGCUAGUCGUCAACACCGCGGUCGACUGUUAUCUGAGUAAAAGAGAACCCACGACAUUAUUCGCCGACAUUGUCAACGCCCGCAACGAAGCGCAGUAUCUCUUGCUGAGCCUCCUACCAAUAAGCGAAGCCGAUUGCGAGAUGCCCUCGAGCUCUGAGAGGUUCUCGGAGCAUCUUUACGAGAUCAGUCGCAUGUCGCUGCGGAUAUACAGUAACCUGGUCCUGUUUCCAAUGAAUCCCAGCGGCGGUACCAGCAGGAUCUUAGCAGGAGCACUGAGAGAAGUGAUCAUCCAGAGUGAGAACGAGAGCCCGUGGCAACUCUUCCCCGACGACACGUAUAAGCGCCUGCUGCUCUGGGCGCUUGUGCUGGGUGGCAUUCAAGUUGACGACGGCGUCAUCGACGCGGAGGCUGAGAGGUCGUGGUUCGUCGAGCAGCUCUCGGAUGUCAUGUCGUCCAUCGAUAUCUUGACGUGGCGGCAGGUGGAAGAGUGCCUGUCGUCGUUCCUGUGGUUGGAUAUAGUUCUCAACCCUGCCGCGGUGGAGCUCUGGGUCGAUGCGAGGAGGUCGAGGGACCAGGAUUGGGAGGCUCUGGAGAUGGAAGGCCUUGCUUUGCGUCCACGGGAGAACGUGUGA